AUGCUCCUCCGCCCUCCUCGCCUCCCACGCCUCUCUCCUCGCCGCCUCCGCUCGGACUCUCCGAUGGCUUCCACGCUCGCCUUGCUCAGGCCGUCCGCGCCGAGCCCGGCGACGAACCUGAGGGCGCCAUUCAGAUCUCGGGUCUCCACUAGAGUGUCCGUCGGGUCGGCAGUCGCAGCGGGCGCCGACACGCUCUUCGCCGACUACAAACCCACCACCGCAUUCCUUUUCCCCGGCCAGGGUGCUCAGGCUGUUGGAAUGGGUAAAGAAGCUCUUAAUGUUCGAGCAGCUGCAGAACUAUUUGAUAAGGCAAAUGAUAUACUUGGCUAUGACUUGCUGAAUCUUUGCAUCGAUGGACCAAAAGAAAAGCUGAACUCAACAGUGAUCAGUCAGCCAGCUAUAUACGUUACCAGCCUUGCAGCUGUAGAAGUGUUGCGCGCACGUGAAGAAGGCCAAUCUGUAAUUAACUCCGUAGAUGUCACAUGUGGUCUCAGCUUGGGAGAAUAUACCGCGCUUGCAUUUGCUGGUGCCUUUAGCUUUGAGGAUGGUCUGAAGCUUGUCAAGCUUAGAGGAGAAGCCAUGCAGGAUGCCUCAGACGCUGCCAAUAGUGCGAUGGUUAGUGUCAUUGGUCUAGAUUCAGAAAAGGUGCAACAAUUAUGCGAUGCUGCAAAUGAGGAUGUGGAUGAAAAGGAAAGAGUUCAAAUAGCAAAUUUUCUCUGUCCUGGUAACUAUGCAGUUUCUGGUGGUGUGAAGGGUAUUGAAGCAGUUGAAGCCAAAGCAAAGUCUUUUAAGGCCAGAAUGACGGUUCGCCUAGCUGUUGCUGGUGCUUUCCACACAAGCUUCAUGCAACCCGCUGUCUCGAGAUUGGAGUCUGCAUUGGCUGCUACAGAGAUUAGAUCACCGAGAAUCCCAGUAAUCUCCAAUGUUGAUGCACAGCCCCACUCCGAUCCUGAGACAAUCAAGAAGAUUUUGGCACAACAGGUAACCUCUCCUGUGCAAUGGGAGACUACUGUGACAACUCUUUUGGGUAGAGGCCUUGAGAAGAGCUAUGAACUCGGACCUGGAAAGGUUAUAGCAGGAAUCAUUAAACGGAUCAACAAAGGUGCCAGCAUCGAGAACAUUGGCGCAUGA